AUGGUCCGACUAAAAAAUGGUCGCUUUGCAUCAGGUGUAGGCCGGCACGGUCGGUCAUCACCAAGUACUCCAAAGAUUGAUCCAAGUACAAUAUGCAACUUCGAGCUCAGCCAAUCCGCACCCAUGCGUAUCCAAAGUUUGGACUUCAACUAUACGCUUCAGAGAGGGUUACACACCUAUCAUAUGUCUGCGCUGCAAUACUUCUUGUCCAAGUGUACACCGAACAUUCUUACCCACUUUUCGAUGACAAGCUGGGUCCCUACCCAUGCAUCUUUCAUUGAGCCGGCAGACCAUCCCCAGACCUUCAAUAGCGUACUACUCGACAUACCCAGUCAACUCUUUGAAAGUGUUUGGCUUGGUACUACACAUCUUAUGCUAAAUGGCCUAUGCCCCCAUUGGGGAAGCAAGGCAUAUCAUGGUCUUGUUGAACUUCGAAUAGGGAGAUCGGUCCCUGUUAUGACCGAGGCUCAAUUCGCCAACAUUUUAAGAUACAGUCCAGGCCUGCGAGUUCUUCAUAUCACGAGCGUAGUAGAAGACUUAUUACCACUCGACGACCCCGUUGUUCCUGUGCAACUUGAAGAUCUGGAAGACUUGAAACUCAGAAACUUUCAAGGGAAGGAUCUCGGUACAUCCGAUGAAAUGCUACGUUGGAUAGCCCCCGGCCUAAAACCUCUUCAGGUCAAUUUUGACCAGUAUGCGCCCAAAGAAGCUAUCUCGUUCUGCGCACGUUCGAAUAUAGCCCGAUUGUUUUUCACUAUAUCCACAGAGGAAAUAGUGGCGCCCAUGGUUCACCGAUGCUCAUGGCUCGAAAUACUGGCCCUGAGUGCUGGUCUCUAUCCAGUCAGAGACUUGUGCUCGAUUCUCCACCCCAUUGACGGGCGUCACCCGACUGGUCUCGUAUCAACAACCAAAGUCGACACACUUUAUUUGGCCAAUUUUACGGUCAUUCCGCUCAGCGACCUUGAAGACGCAGUCGCGGAGUACUCGGUUCGACGGCUUAUUAUUCGUAACUCACGAAUAGAAUAUAAGGCGGAAGAAGGGCUAAAAGAAGCUGGCGACCCAUCAGAAAUCAGGACCUUGUUAUCGACUCUGAAAUGCUCCAUAGUGGAAUAUCUUGAGGAACGGUGUUGGCUCGAUCAGGCGGGGUGGUAA